AUGGUCGCAUCCUCAUUGAGAUCGUUCAUCAAAGACGUUCGUUCCGCCAAAACUUUGGCGGAUGAAAGAGCCAUCAUAACAAAACAAUCUGCUAAGAUUAGAACAAAAUUAAGAGACGAUCAUCUAUCUCAUUCGAAGAAAAGAAUUAAUAUCUCAAAAUUGUUAUAUUUAUACAUCCUGGGUGAAAAAACUCAUUUUGGCCAAGUAGAAUGUAUCAAUUUGAUCGCUUCAGAUGAUUUCAGCGAUAAACGUUUAGGUUAUCUUUCAACUAUGUUACUUUUAGAUGAAUCUCAAAGUCUCUUAACCCUUCUAACUAACAUGUUAAACAAUGAUUUGCAUCAUCCAAAUAAAUAUAUCGUUUCUUUAGCAUUAACCACUUUGGGUUCCCUGAGUUCCAAUGAAUUGGCAAGAGAUUUAUAUCCUGAUGUUGAAAACAUCUUAAAAAAUUCAAAUGAUUCUUUCCUAAUCAAGAAAGCUUUACAAUGCAUUGCAAAAUUGAUAAUGAAAGAUCAUACAAUUUUAGAAAUCUUCCCCGUACAAAUCUUAAAUGAAAAAUUAUUAUCAAAUGAUUUCAUCCUAACGCAUGCAGUCUAUUUAGGGAUCUGUAAAGUGUUGCAAUCCAUGUUAAUCAAUUUUGAAAUAUUCUCAAAGGAAAAUGACACAACCAUCAUAUUAAAUUCUUUGUCCAAAAUAAUACCUCAUUUAUUUCAACGUCUAUCAACCCUAAAUUCUAAAAAUUUAGAACCAUCUUAUGACGUUCAAGGUAUUCAGGAUCCUUUUCUCCAAGUAGAAUUGAUUACUACCAUAAAAUGGAUUUUUAAGAUUGGUAACGAAUUAAAUUUGAGUCAAAUUACACAAUUUAAUGAUAAAUUUACCGAUCUAUUGACUCAGAUCGCUACAAAUACGGACUCCAAAAAAAAUGCAGGUCAUGCAAUCUUGUAUGAAAUUGCGAAGACAACUUUCGAAUUAAAAUUAGAUCAACCAUUACGUGUCUUAGGUAUAAAUAUCCUGGCAAAUUUCUUAAAAGUCAGUGCAGAUACUAAAAGAUCAAAUUCAAACAACAAUAUCAAAUAUGUGGCUUUGAACACUUUAAUCAAAGCGGUCCCAGAAGAAUUAGACGUCGUUCAGAGACAUAGAAAAUUUAUUCUGCAUUGUUUAUACGAUCAUGAUAUCUCAAUUAAAUUUAGGGCUUUGGAAUUGACUUUUGCUAUCGUCAACGAAAAUAAUCUCUUAGAAUUAUCGACUGAAUUGAUAAAUUUCCUAAGGAAAAUAUCUAAAAGUAAUUACAUUUACAAUUCCAAUUAUAUUGACAUUGACGAUUUUAAAACUUUGAUUGUCUUUACCAUUGAUAAUUUAAUUAGCAAAUUUGAAAUUUUUGACAAUAACAAUAAAAAUCUAGAAGUUGCAAAAUUCAAAUUCGAUAGCUUAGUUGAAAUCUUAAAAUUGGUUGGAAAUUUUAUCAAUUUAGAUAAGAUUAAUGAAUUUUUAAUAACAAUAAACAACUUCCAAAAUAUGGAGUACAAGAUUGAAUCACUUUCAAAAUUACUUCUCCUAUCUUUCACCGAAAAUGAGAACGAUAAUUUGAAUCUCUCUGAUAAUGUAGGUUUACAACUGGUAAAUAUAUGGUGUAUCGGUGAAUAUGCUAACCUAAUCAUUUCCAGCAAGAAAACAAACAAUAAAGUCGUUAAUGAAAAAUCGCUUACUGAUUAUCUCAUUAAAUUGAACGAUUAUCACUCAUUGAGUAAUAAUAAUAGAAUAAUUCAAUAUAUCUUAACUUCUUCAUUAAAAAUGUCAACAAAAAUAAGUGAUUCCCAAUGUAUUGAAAAAUUAAGGCAACUGAUAUUAGGUCAUGAUAAGAAUCCAAACUUGAUUAUUCAAGCAAAGAGUGUUCAAUGCGGAUUAUUAUUCGACCAGCCGGCAAAUGUUAAGAAUUUAAUAUUACAAGCUAUGCCAAAGUUUGAGAGAAAAGUAGUGACACCUUCUAUAAAGGAUACUUUUCAAUCUGAAACGACUACAAAGCCUUCCAAUAGAAAUAACGAUUUGUUAUUAGAUUUACUCAGUGAUAUUGACGAUUCUAAACCUGCUGCUACCACCACCAAAACUGGGAAUAUUAGUGAUUCAUUAUUUCUUGAUCUACACGCUGAGACAAAGGAAAAAACAACUGUCGAUGAGUCGCUGAUUGUUCCUCAAGAAGCAGUAACAGUCCACGAUACAAGCAAUAUUGCAGUAUACACUAAUGCUGUUAAAGUUAGUGAAGGAGCAGCCGAAAUCGACAUGUACUUCAAAGCAAAAUCAAAUUCUUUGACGAAUUUACAAACACAAUGCGCUGUUACCAAAACCCAGAAACUGACCCUGACUCAGUUACGUCCAGGUAAUGACAUAAAGUCAAACGAAGUUUCCAUGCAAACUUUAAAGAUUAGUGGUUCUGGUAAAUUGAAAUUAAGAGUUAAAGUAACAUUUACGAUCAAUAAUGAAAUGAUUAACGAACAAUUUGAUUAUAAAUUCAGUCAAAGCAUUUGA